CUCCUACUUUUUUUUUUUUUUUUUUCAUUCUUGAUUUUUUUUUAUUCUCGUCAUGUCUUACGGCGAAGUAUCCAAAGAUCUGCCUGAUAUUGAGGCGAUUCUUGCGCUCAACCCGCGACCACUCACGUCGGCGUCGCUCGUGUCGACCUCGACCACCAAGAAGAACCGCAAGUACUGGAAGCGCAAUCAGACCAAGGACUGCGAGGGAUGCGCCACAUCCAACUUGGAAAACAACUUUGACGACAUCAAGCACACAACGCUGAGCGAGCGCGCUGCGCUGCGGGAGGCUUCGCGAUGCCUCAAGUGCGCCGACGCUCCGUGCCAGAAGAGCUGCCCGACGCAGCUCGACGUCAAGUCGUUCAUUGGCAGCAUUUCAAACAAAAACUACUAUGGCGCUGCCAAGGCCAUCUUCUCGGACAACCCGCUCGGUUUGACCUGCGGCAUGAUCUGCCCGACCAGCGAUUUGUGCGUGGGUGGAUGCAACCUUGCGGCAUCGGAGGAGGGUGCCAUCAACAUUGGCGGCCUGCAGCAGUUUGCCACGGAGGUGUUCAAGACGAUGGGCGUGCGCCAAAUCCGCGACCCUUCAGCAACGCCCGUCAGCCAGCUCCCCGAAAGCUUCCGUGCCAAGAUUGCUCUGAUUGGCUGCGGCCCGGCCUCGGUCAGCUGCGCCACCUUCCUUGCGCGCCUCGGCUACACCAACCUCACCGUGUUUGAGAAGGAAAAGUUCCACGGCGGUCUGUCCUCGUCUGAAAUCCCCCAGUACCGUCUGCCGUACGACGUUGUCGACUUUGAGGUCCAACUCAUGAAGGAUCUCGGCGUCAAGGUCGAGUACGAGAAGCCCUUUGGCGUCGCUUCGGGCCUGACGCUGCAGUCGCUCCAGAAGGACGGCUACGAGGCCGUGUUUGUCGGCGUUGGUCUCCCCAAGGCCAAGACCGUCCCCAUCUUUGACAAGCUCACCCAAGCAGAGGGCUUUUACACGUCCAAGGACUUUUUGCCGCUCGUUUCCAAGGCAAGCAAGCCCGGCAUGUGCGGGUGCAAGUCGGCCGCCAACGCGCUGCCUCCGCUCCACGGCAACGUGAUUGUGCUCGGCGCUGGCGACACGGCGUUCGACUGCGCGACUUCGGCACUCCGCUGCGGCGCCAAGCGCGUGACGGUCGUCUUCCGCAAGGGAUUCACCAACAUGCGUGCCGUGCCCGAGGAAGUUGACCUUGCCAAGGAGGAAAAGUGCGAGUUCCUGCCGUUCGCCUCCCCCCGCAACGUCAUUGUCAAGGAGGGCAAGAUCCGCGGCCUGGAGCUCUGCCGUACCGAGGUUGACUUUGACGGCAAGUGGACUGAGGACGAGGAGCAGACCAUGCGUCUCAAGUGCGACUUUAUCAUCUCCGCCUUUGGCUCUGGUCUGGGCGAUGGCAACAUUAUGGAGGGCCUCGCUCCCCUCAAGUUCAACUCGUGGGGCUUGCCCGAGGUGGACCGCGAGACCAUGCAAAGCUCCGAGCCCUGGGUCUUUUGCGGUGGCGACGUUGCUGGCGUCGCUCAGACCACCGUCGAGUCUGUCAACGACGGCAAGCAGGCGUCGUGGCACAUUCACAAGUACUUGCAGUCGCUGCACGGCAUUCCGAUUUCCGCCAAGCCGAUGCUGCCGCAGUUCUUCACCGAGAUUGACCAGAUCGACCUGUCGGUGGACGUUGCUGGCGUGCACUUUAUCAACCCCUUCGGCCUGGCCUCUGCGCCACCGACCACCACCUCGGCCAUGAUCCGACGCUCGUUCGAGGUUGGCUGGGGCUUUGCCCUCACCAAGACCUUCUCCUUGGACAAGGACUGCGUGACCAACGUGUCGCCACGCAUUGUGCGCGGCACCACGUCUGGCCACUCGUUCGGUCCGGGCCAGGGUGCCUUCCUGAACAUUGAGCUGAUUAGCGAGAAGAGCGCCGCCUACUGGUGCCAGUCCAUUGUCGAGCUCAAGCGCGACCACCCUGCGCACGUCGUCAUUGCCAGCAUCAUGUGCUCGUUCAACCGUGAGGACUGGAUUGAGCUGGCCAAGAUGGCCGAGGCAUCCGGUGCCGACGCUCUCGAGCUCAACCUGUCGUGCCCCCACGGCAUGGGCGAGCGCGGCAUGGGCCUGGCCUGCGGCCAAGAUCCCGAGCUUGUGCGCAACAUUUGCAAGUGGGUGCGCAGCGCCAUCAAGGUUCCCUUCUUUGCCAAGCUCACGCCCAACGUGACCAACAUUGUCGACAUUGCUCGCGCUGCCAAGGAGGGCGGUGCCACUGGUGUCACUGCCACCAACACCGUUUCGGGCCUCAUGCACCUCAAGGGUGACGCGACCGCCUGGCCCGGCGUGGGCAACGACAAGCGCACCACCUAUGGUGGCGUUUCCGGCAACGCCAUUCGUCCGAUUGCCCUCAAGGCGGUCUCGGCCAUUUCGCGCAACUUCCCCGGCUUCCCGAUUCUUGCGACCGGCGGUAUCGAUUCGGCCGAUGCUGCUCUCCAGUUCCUGCACGCGGGUGCAUCUGUCGUCCAGAUCUGCUCUUCCGUUCAAAACCAAGACUUUACCGUUGUGCAAGACUACAUUACGGGCCUCAAGACCCUGCUCUACAUGAAGGGCCGGUCCGACCUUGCGGGCUGGGAUGGCCAGAGCAAGCCGACUGUGCGCCAUCAGAAGGGCAAGCCUGUUGACACCACCAUUCCCGGACUCACUGGCAAGCACUUGCCGCACUUUGGUGCAUUCAAGGAGGAGCGCGAGCGCAUUGUGGCCGAGCACAAGAAGACUGUCAACCUUCUCGACCCGGCCAACUUCCCAAACCGCCAGCUGCCCCCGGCUUCCAAAGUGCCCACGUCGAUCGCCGACAUUAUCGGUCUGGCUGUGCCGCGCAUCGGCACCUACGGCGACCUGUCCAACAAGGAGCAGGUGGUUGCUCUGAUUGACGAGGAGAUGUGCAUCAACUGCGGCAAGUGCUACAUGACGUGCAACGACUCUGGCUACCAAGCGAUUCGCUUUGACCCCAAGACGCAUCUGCCCACCGUCAACUCGGACUGCACUGGUUGCACGCUCUGCGCCAGCGUCUGCCCCAUCAUUGACUGCAUCACCAUGGUGGAGCGCAAGAUUCCGUACGUGCCCAAGCGUGGCAUCCCGUUCAAGGCGUAAUCCAAUCGGCCAGGUUGACUUUCAGGCCCUCCUCCCUCUUUUUCUUCAAUUGUCUUGUUUGGUUUCAUUCCUGUAUUUUGUUUCCCCUCGCUCUCCCUCUCCCUUCCGGUGUAUUCUGUGGGCGUUUCUGAUUCCUGGUUUUUUCUCUUCGAUGAUACUUGUGUUUGUUCUGUUCUUCAUUGUCUCAGUUCUAUUGUUCGAGUAAAUUGACAUCAAUG